AUGUGGAACAUCCUUCUUGCGCUUCCUGCCUUUGCGGGAAUGGCCUCGGCUCACAUGGUCAUGUCGGAACCGGCGCCUCUGAAGGCGAAGAACAAUCCGAAUAGCAUCAAUAUCGACUACAGUUACAGCAACCCCCUCUCGCUCAGCGGCUCAGACUACCCUUGCAAAGGCUACCUGAGUGCACUCGGCACUUCCGAAGCGACACCGGUGGACACCUGGAGCGCCGGCGACACCCGCGAGGUCGUCAUCUCAGGCCACACAAUCCACGGCGGCGGGUCGUGCCAAGUCAGUCUCUCAGUCGACGGCGGGAACACCUUCAAGACCCUUCACACCUACAUAGGCGGCUGCCCCGCCGGCGACGGACACCGGCUCAGCUUCCAGAUCCCGUCCGACACGCCCUCGACGGACGAGGGCAUCGUGGCGUGGUCGUGGUUCAACAACCUGGGGAACAGAGAGAUGUACAUGAACUGCGCCGUGGUCAGGAUCGAGAACGGCGGCGACGGUUCGGACUUCAACAGCAGACCCGGCAUCUUCCGCGCGAACACCAACGGGUGCAGGACGGUGGACUCGAGGGACGUGAUGAUCCCGAACCCGGGGCCCAACGUCAUGCUCAACAACCCCGACGCGGUGCCGCCGACUGGUGAUUGCGAAGGUGGCCCUGGAGCAGACUCGGGUUCUGGUUCUGGUUUCGGUUCGGGCAAUGAGGGCCACGGUGGCCAUGGCGGGGAUACAAGUGCUGGAUAUAAGCCUGGUAAUGAUUGGCCGGCAUGGCUCCAGAAUCACGGGUGGGUAUUCACAGUUGGAUCAGAGCAAGCCUUGCUCUUGUUGGGAAUGAUGAUGCUCAGCAUGUGCCUGCACUACACUUGGUUCAGCAACCUGGUGUGA